UAUCCUAUUUAUAAGACUCUUUGACUGUUGAUUAUCUUGUAUUGUCACUCCCAGAUCUCUCUCUUCUUGAACUUUUCAGUAUUUCUCCAUCUCCCAUUCUAUAUGUCCACUUUGGUCUCCCUUCAUUCUUACCCAUUUCCAUUACAUGACAUUUCUUUACAUUAAACUCCAUCUCCCAUUUCUUCCUCCAAUCACAAAUCUUAUUUAGGUCCUCUUGCAGAAUUUCACAGUCUUUACUAUCUCUUUUGUGAUGUGUCGCAGGAUAUCCUGAAGCGAUGCACGUCAUCUUAUGAACCUUGCUAGGACACACACACACACACACACACACACACACACACACACACACAUGCACACACCGAACACAGUCUAUUUCCCACAGGGGCGCGAAUAACACCAUGGUCGCCUUCCUUCCGCCGCCGCUGCUCUUUUCGGCGUCUUUUCUAGCCCUGCAGCUGUUGCCUGUUCUUGGAUGCUUCUGGACCUGCCCCCCGCCCCGCACACCUUCACCAGCAUUACCAUCCCGGAUUAGAAAAACGGCUCAAACAUUCCAUCCACGACGACCCUACCCCGGGCCUUGGCCCGGCAAACCCACACCUUACCCGGGCACACCCACACCUUACCCGGCCACACCCACACCUUACCCGGGCACACCCACACCUUACCCGAGCACACCCACACCUUACCCGGGCACACCCUCACUAACAUUACCACCACAGGCUCUAAUAAAACUGUCCAUGGAAGAGGACGAGAAGGCCGAGCACGUGCCAUCGACGAGUAAGAUUCCCGCCGUGACAGCGCCAACGAAGACCCCAAAGAGCGACUCAAACACCCCAUCCACGACAACUCCACACCUAGCCUGGGGGUUCGUGGGCGUGGUGGGGUUGGUGGUGGUGGGGGUGAAGUGCAGACGACGACAGAAGACUGCAGACCCCAGAAGCCCCACGCCACAGGUCCCGCCGCGCCCAAGCCCAGAGGACGGCUACGUCGAACCUAACCCCGUCCUCCCCCGACACGCCCCUGACGGCCACCAAGGGUCAACGAGGCACCCCAUGCUUUCCCGCGCCCGCUCCCGCACCUCCUCCACAAACAUCUACGACGAGAUACCGCUGCCAGGCAGGAACCAGACCCGCCUACUGCGCCAAGACAGCAACGGCUACGUGAUGAUGCUGCCCACGCCCCUCCAACCACACCGGGAGUCAGCAGAGAGUGAGGGCGAUUCUCGCAAGUCCUUCCGCCCCCCACCGUGGUACGAGGCACGGCAGCCUCCCACCUCCAGCCCAGCACAACAAACAACCCGCAGCGGCACUCCGAACCUACUAGAACUAUAG